GAUGUUGACGUGGGUCGUGUUUAUGUCCCGCGUUGUUUUUGUCUCCCGCGCAAAAACGCAGAACGGUUUUCUCAAGGGAGGUUAAGAAGCGUAAUAUCCGCAGCAUCCCUGUGACCCCCAUCCUCCGAAGUCGAUCGCAUAGAGUUGCUUUAUCAUUGUGGUCCAGAUGAGCGCGAGUGCGCAAUGGCAACGAUAGAAGUCACAUUCCCGUCAGACAGACCGCCCGGGAAAAUUCUGAAAUGGAGGGUACGCUCGGACACAAUGGUCGCAGCGGGCAGAAUAUUGCUGGUGUAUCAGGACGCGACGCCAACCGCCGACGAUGAAGAGACCAAGGAGCCCGAGAAGAAACUGCGGGCCACGAAUUUCGGCCGCGUCAAGCAGUUUCUGGCCAAGGCGGGUGACGUUGUCCAGCCUGGGCAAGUGAUAGUUCUACUGGAAGGAUGUACACAUCCCACUGUGAUGAUAGACUUGUGUGCAGAAUGCGGAGCCGAUUUGAGAGUACAAGAAACCAGCAAAGAUGGAAACACAGUUGGAGUAUCUCAGGCCAGUGUGCCUAUGGUACACAGCAUACCAGAACUGAAAGUAUGUCCAGAAUUAGCAGAAAAAAUUGGGAAAGAAGAUGAACAACGUCUUUUAACAGAUCGGAAAUUAGUGCUACUUGUGGAUCUCGAUCAAACAAUCGUUCAUACAACAAACGAUAAUAUUCCACCCAAUUUGAAAGAUGUUUUUCAUUUUCAAUUGUACGGGCUGAACUCUCCAUGGUACCACACCAGAUUAAGACCGAACACCCGGCACUUCCUUUCGGAGAUGAGUCGUUUGUACGAAUUACAUAUUUGCACUUUCGGAGCAAGAAUUUAUGCGCACACUGUUGCGUCAUUGCUAGACAAGGAUGGAGUUCUGUUCUCUCACAGGAUACUUUCGAGAGACGAAUGUUUCGAUCCAGCAUCCAAAACUGCAAACCUCAAAGCUUUGUUUCCAUGCGGCGAUGACUUAGUAUGUAUUAUAGACGAUAGAGAAGACGUAUGGCAAGGGUGUGGAAAUUUAGUUCAGGUGAAACCUUAUCAUUUUUUCCGUCACACCGGCGAUAUUAAUGCACUACCAGGUUUGGAAAAGGCUGAAGUAUCGCGUUUGCCGGAGCCGGUGAAUGCAAAUGAUUCCUGUACAAAUUCGCAAAACAAAGAUAGCAAGAAUGAUGCUUCUGAAUUAUCAAAUGAAGCUGAACAGCCGUUAAACAAUCCCUCUGUGCAAGAAACAAAUCAUGAAGAUGAGAAAGAUGAGAAAAUAAUGGACGAGAUAAAAAACAAGAAUGAAAGAGAUGAAGAUGAUAAAGUGAAUACUGUAAAGGAUGCGGAAUCUAAUGUUCAGACUACUACUACGAAAGAAGACGAUAAAAAGGAAAUAACGAAAAUUACACCAUCUGUGGAAACGAAUAAAAGCAGUAAGCAAGCGGUGCCAAAGCAGGAGAAUAAUAUAAUAGAUGAUGAUGAUGAUGAUUAUCUACUAUACUUGGAAGAUAUUCUUCGAAGAAUUCAUACAGAGUUUUAUGCUACAUUGGAUCAAGAGAAUACUCGAAAGUCUUUGCGAGAUAUAAUCCCACGGGUACGCUCUCAAGUUUUGAAAGGAUUAUGCUUAACUUUCAGUGGCUUGAUACCCACUCAUCAAAAACUUCACCAAAGCCGUGCAUAUAAGGUCGCGAGAGCGUUUGGAGCAGAAGUGACUCAAGACUUAACGGAGAAAACCACGCAUUUGGUUGCUAUUAGAAAAGGUACAGCGAAAGCAAACGCAGCUAGAAAAGACAUAAAUAUUAAAAUUGUAAAUUCGGAUUGGUUAUGGACGUGUGCAGAACGCUGGGAACACGUGGAUGAGCGCUUGUUUCCUUUAACAUCACAGGCACGCGGAUCGAGAGUACCACCACCGCAUUGUAGUAGUCCGGAACGCGUCGAGGAUGUAGAAAGCGAUAAAACAAAUUCCUUCGCUAAUUCUAUCAAUCCAUUAAUGUCAUUCACUCAAGAAGAGAUCGAAUUUAUGGAUAAAGAGGUAAAUGAGGAUAUGGAAGAUAUGGUUUUCGAAGACGAGGAAGAUGAUAUGGAAGAAUGUGGUACAAAGAUACGUCGUCGGAGCUCCGAUUCUGAAGAUUCUAUGAAUGAUAUAAAUGAAUUGGGAGUUUCAAAAAGAAAAAAGAGAAAGGUUUACAACGGCAACAAUGAUAAAGAUUUCUCCAAAGAUGUAGACUAUCAUGACAGUGAAGACGAUGACAAUAACGACAGUGAUGAUGAUGAUGAUGAUGAUGAUGAUCUUGUUGCGCGUUUUAGAAGAGGAGGAGAAUUACCCGAUGAUUUAGAUCUAGGUGAUAAUUCACAGGACUCAGUGGAUGAUUUUGAAGAAGAAGAUAAUGAAGAUGACAGAGAAUGGAAUGCAUUGGGUGCUGCACUUGAAAGAGAAUUCCUUUCCGAGUGACAUGUGUUUGAAUAUAAGUAGUUUUCUUUAAUAAUUAACUCAGGAUGUUUUAUGUUAUUCAUAAAUUUCAAGUUCGAUAGCCGAGGCAGGGUUAUUGAUAAUAAAACGUUACAUUAUUAUAUACUCUGAUAAGCAAGAUAUUAUAGAAAUAUUAA